AGCAGGCACGGUCGGCAGUUGGCUUACUACUCAGAGAAGAAAAUCCGUUGUUGUGGAGAGGAAGAAAGGCGAACAAGAAAUUCGAGCAACGUUUGUCAUACAAAAGGGAGCGUCAGACCCCAAUAUUGCGGGCCGUCUUUUUUCCAACAUAUUUCCCCGGUUUAUUUAGCUAUUAUGGCCUGUGGAGCUACGUUAAAGCGGUCGAUGGAGUUUGAGGCCCUCCUCAGUCCCCAGUCUCCCAAGCGGCGAAGGUGCAAUCCACUACCGGGGACGCCAAGCACUCCGUCCCCGCAAAGAUGCAACCUCCGUCCCCCAGUCGACAGCCCAGCGCAUUCGGUGUCUCCUCCGACCAUUGGAGGCGAACACAGGCUCACUCCAGAGCAAAUCUUCCAGAACCUCCGUCAGGAGUACAGCCGGAUCCAGAGGCGACGGCAGCUGGAAGGGGCCUUCAACCAGGCUGAGGCCUGUAGCUCCAGUGACGCUCCCAGUCCCAGUUCCUCCCUCAACGCUCCCGCAUCCCCGCCAGGUGCCUCAAGGAAGGACCAGCCCUCGUUUACGCUGAAGCAGGUUAGCUACCUGUGUGAGCGUCUGCUCAAAGACCACGAGGAGAAGAUCCGAGAGGAAUAUGAACAGAUCCUUAACACAAAACUUGCGGAACAAUAUGAAUCUUUUGUGAAAUUCACACAAGACCAGAUCAUGCGAAGAUACGGAGCCCGGCCUGCUAGUUAUGUCUCCUGAGCUCACAUCAGCGUGACCACGGCUUCCUCUCACAAGACGGCUGCUCUUCUACUGUCUCCCCCAGUUGAUUUGCAUUUUAUUUUCCUAACACUCCCUCUCCUCCCCUCCCCGAGAGUUUGGGUGCCAUGGUUUAUCCACUUUUUUUUAAUCCAAAAAUUGGUUUCUUACUUCCAAACUAUUGCUGCUGGCCAAAAAUGAGAAGUAUCUAAAAGGUAAACUAUGUAUAAAACCUGUUUUUCUUUUUCCCCUCCCUCCUUUUCUAAAAAAAAAAAAUUCUUCCCAUUGCUAGGCUUAUACCAGACAUCCUAAAAAAGCAGAUGUUUGUCAAAUCUUUUGCUGGUGCUGUAAAUAAAAAAAAAAAGAAAAAAAAGAGCUUAUUGGCUAGUGAUCAUUCUGUA